GCGGGGCGGCAAGAUGGCAGUGCAGAUUUCCAAGAAGAGGAAGUUUGUGGCCGAUGGCAUCUUCAAAGCUGAGCUGAAUGAGUUUCUCACUCGGGAAGACAGCUACUUGGGAGUUGAAGUCCGAGUUACACCAACCAGAACAGAAAUCAUUAUUUUAGCCACCAGAACACAAAAUGUUCUUGGUGAGAAGGGUCCUCGAAUCAGAGAGUUGACUGCGGUAGUUCAGAAGAGGUUUGGCUUCCCUGAGGGCAGCGUAGAACUUUAUGCAGAAAAGGUGGCCACAAGACGUCUGUGUGCCAUUGCUCAGGCAGAGUCUCUACGUUACAAACUCCUAGGAGGACUUGCUGUGCGAAGUGCCUGCUAUGGUGUGCUUCGGUUCAUUAUGGAGAGUGGGGCCAAGGGCUGUGAGGUUGUGGUGUCUGGGAAGCUCCGAGGACAGAGAGCAAAGUCCAUGAAGUUUGUGGAUGGCCUGAUGAUCCACAGUGGAGACCCUGUUAACUACUAUGUUGAUACUGCCGUGCGCUAUGUACUCCUCAGACAGGCUGUGCUGGGCAUCAAAGUGAAAAUCAUGCUGCCCUGGGAAACAAGUGGUAAAAUCAGCCCCCAAAAGCCUCUGCCUGAUCAUGUGAGCAUUGUGGAACCUAAGGAUGAGAUCUUGCCUACCACCCCCAUCUCAGAGCAGAAGGGUGGGAAGCCAGAGCCACCUGCCAUGCCCCAGCCAGUGCCUACAGCAUAAACAGGUAUUGUCUGUGGUGACUGUCCUGGGCCAAACAGACUUGGUUUUUUUGUUGUUUGUAUUUUUUACUGUUACUUCUGAUGUUGCACUGUUUGAGUUUGUUUCUUAAUAUGGGGGAGGAUACCAGUUGGAGUAUGGUGCCCAGCCCAACAGAUCAGAAUGGGUAUUUUCCUUCACUGUCUUUGAUCAAGAGUUUCCAAAUACUCUUGUUAGUCAUUCCACCCUUUAGCAGCCUUGUCA